CACCUUUUUAUUUCUUUCUCAAUUUAUACCAAACUCAAUCAUUUCCAAUGGAUAUUGAUUCCAAAAUCCAAGAAAAAAAUAGUGUUUUAAACAUGUUGUGGAAUCAACUCAAGUGGUUUCCAAUGAAGUUGAUAAACAAAAUUAACAACAUUGCUAAUAACACAAUAAAUAUUGGAAAAAAUGAUCCAAGAAAAAUUUGGCAUGCAUCCAAAGUGGGAUUAUCACUAACUUUGGUUAUAUUGUUUUAUUAUUCAUGGCCACUUUAUCAUAGUUUUGAACAAUCAGCCAUCAUGGCUGUCCUCACAGUAAUGGUUGCUUUUGAGUACACUGCUGGUGCAACUAUAUCAAAGUGCUUAAACAUAGCAUUUGCAACAGCAUUAGGUGUGUCAUUAGGGAUUGGAGCUAAAUAUUUAGCUGAGAUUUGUGGAAAAGAAGGGGAGCCUAUAAUUCUUGGGUUUUUGGUCUUCAUUCUAGGUGCUUUAGGUACAUUUACAAGAUUUUAUCCACAUAUGCAAAGGAGGUAUGACUAUGGAUGCAUGUUCUCUGUGGCAACAUUUAGUUUGGUCACAGUGUCUGGUGAUAGGUAUUUGGAGAUGGUUAAACAUAGGAUAUCAACUAUUAUGGUUAGUGUUGCAACAGUCAUGGUUAUCUCAUUGGUCAUUAGACCAGUAUGGGCUGGAAAAGAUCUUCAUAAUCUUAUUAUUGCAAAUCUUGAAAAGCUAGCAAGCUUCUUAGAUGCAAAUGGACCAUUUAGGUUUAAUAAUCCAGGGAAAGAGUACUUAAAGAUUGGUAACCUUGGUAGAGAUUGUGCUUGCCAUCUUCAUGCUCUUAGUGGUCACUUAAAAUCUAAAUCUAAGGCACCAAGUGAGUUUCAUAAAAGAACAAAAGAAGCUUGCAAAAGAAUUAUAAAGAAAUCUAGUAAUGCAUUAAAGUAUCUUGCUUUGUCCAUCAAAACUAGGACGCAACCCCCUUGCUCUAAGUUCAUCGAUGGCGAAUUUUGCAUUAUACGGGCCAUCGAUGAACUUAGAGCGGCGCUCUUAAUUGCCACAAAAACCAUCUCAGAACAAGACACAAUUGAUGUCGUCACGGCUAUGUCGGUGGCGUCGAUACUCAUCGACGUUGCUAGAUGCGUCGAUGAAAUCUCUAAGGCGGUAGGAGAGCUUUCGAUCAAAGAACAUUUCCAAAAGGAGAAAAAAAAGAAGGAUAAUUCUAGGUUAAUCGAGGCAUUAGAAAAAAAAGGAGAACAUGUUGUUUGCGAGAUACAUGCAAUAGAAGAGGAGAUAAAAGCACAAGGAAAAUAGAAGUAAAGUCGAUAACAGAAGCAAAGACGGAUUCAAAAUAUGAAAUUUUUGUACUUUUAUAUGGCAUUCGGUAUUUCGGUUCGAUUUUGGUUUGUUUUUUUCGGUUUUUUCGGUUUUCGAUUCUUGUAAAAUGUAUACUGAAUACCGAACCGAAAUAUCAUCUAGCU